AUUUUCUCUAACUCUCCUUCCACUACUCAAUAGAGAAAAUCUGUAAAACCCAAAUAAACUUUCCCACAUUUUCACGGAAACCAAACAGCCAGACAAUCAAGAUCUGUUUGGUUUUUGUGCCCUUUCCCCUUCUGUUUUCCCUUCAGUUUGAUUUUUAAUAGUAUUCUUCUUCUUUUUUUUGGAAGAAAAAACAAUGGAAGUGACAUAUGAGAAUGGAAAUGGAAGUCUGUCUAUGUCGGCAGUGGUGGCGGACCCGUUGAACUGGGCCGUUGUGGCGGAGUCCAUGAAGGGUAGCCAUUUGGAUGACGUGAAGAGAAUGGUUGCAGAGUAUCGGAAGCCGUUGGUGAGACUAGAUGGCGCGACUCUGACUGUGGCUCAAGUGGCGGCGGUGGCCACUCGGGAUAACACGGUGGCGGUUGAGCUCUGUAAGGCGGCUAGGGGCGGCGUGAAGGCUAGCAGUGACUGGGUUAUAGAGGGCUCUCUAAUAGUUCAUUCCUAUUAGUUUCUUCUCCUAAUUUCAUUCUUUUUUUUCUAGAUCUAGAAAUAAAGAAUCACUUAGUGA